CACCGGCAACCUGCAGAGCCCGUUGGGUGGGUGUUUGCUGCUUGAUACGCGCUUCUCAAGGACGUGGCGAACAGGUUCUUGACCGCAAACCACUGCAUUCUUCCCCAACCCCCCGCCAGUGCCCCCUGCACGUUCCCGGAAACCCCGACGUGGUAUUGGGCCGACUCGUGAAACGGUAGACGCUCUUCGGCAAAGGCGGGAAGUUGCUGGUAUUGCGCUGAGUGAGAGGCGGCCCACCUCGACACAGUCGGCACUGUCAAGUCGCCGCAGCCAGGGCAAGCGACGGAUCGGUGACGGCCGUGCCAUGCUGAACCGGCAGAAAUGAAGAGGAGGAAGAUUUGAUUCUUUCCGUUUCUAUUCAAGACACCACUCGUUCUCUGGCAGGUACACAUCGACUGCUCGCUUGCUUGUCGGAGAGGCUAAGGGCAGGAUGCCCGGGGCGCAGCGUCGAGGGCACGCAACGGCGCCGAUGCCCCCAAGACCGAUCUCGAGGGAAUCAACGCAGCCCGCAUCCGUCCUAGAGGGCGCCGAAGGCGAUUCCAUCAUGUCAGCAUCCCGGCCUCCGAGCCUGGCUCUCAUGCCUCCGUCUUCAGCAUGCUCGGACCCCGCCUCGCCCCCGUCAUUAAGAGACAUACUCACAAACAACGCGCCACCGCCCUAUACCCUUGGCGCUUUCACGGCCUUCUUGUCCCAGAACCACUGCAUGGAGACGCUGGAGUUUACAAUGGACGCCGACCGCUAUAGCGCGGCGUACUCUAACCUUGUGGGGCGGGAGCAGGCUUCCGGUUCCAGAGAGAGCAACGAGUACGUAUCCUCUCUCUGGAAGAAGAUCAUGAGCGCCUACAUAGUACCCUACGGUCAUCGAGAAGUCAACCUUCCAGCACAUGUUCGGGACCGUCUGUUAUCGCUCUCCUACACUCCCGUGCCACCAGACCCGUCGGAAUUGGACGAGGCCGUGAGAAUCGUGUACGAAUUGAUGAACGACUCAGUCCUGGGCCCAUUUCUUGCCUCCGUGACGCCACAGCACGACUGGACCGAGGACAACGACCCCAGGCAUGCGCGCUCACGACUCCGCAUUCCUCGGGACAUGUCGUCGAGCUCAGACGAGGCGAGUCGAUCGCCCAAGGUUGGCUUCUUGCCCAUGUUCAGCAUGCCGUGGGCGACCGAGCCCAAGAGUUCCACAACGUCGUCUAGCGAGCCCGCUGAACGCGGGCUGACGGACAGUAACCUGAACACGCCAUCCCCGGCAUCCACCGAGCCGAUGACACCACCCACCACGCCGCCGGUUUCCGAUUGGGAACUCGCCUCCUCCCCCGGGGCCGUGCACCAUAGGGCUGCCAGCUCACAGAGCAGCGGCUGGAAGAGAGUGGGCGCCAAACUCGGCUUCGGCAGAAUUAGCCGCAGCAAGCGUGGGCACAGCUCGAGCGCCACGUCGGCCCCCCCAGGCCUUGAGGAGAUGUCGAGACGCGAGCCCGACCACCCCAGACGGAAAACCAAUCCCUUAUAGGGAUUACAGGUUAUGCCGGUGCCUGAAGACACCGUUGCAACCUCCCCUGAAUGCACCCCGCCGGCACCACCCGACAAGCCCGCCGACAAGCAAGAGGCACAGGCUGACGAUCAAUUGCCUGACGUGCCGA